AUGCCGCCCGACAGCUCCUCGUUUACCGCGCUGAACGUCUCGAGCUCUGCCGUGCCGGAAUGGAUGGGCUCCUUCUCCCUGUCGGCGCCGCCGAACACCGAUCUCUGGCGCAAGCCGCCCAGCAGUGAUACCUCGACCGCCCCCAUUCUCUACACCGCCCUGCGCAACCCCUUCGUGGCCGCCGAGGUCACCGUUUCCGCCGACUGGGAGCUCGAGUGGGAUCAGGCCGGCUUGGUGAUAUUCGCAGGCGCGCCCCCGGGCCGCAUCGGGGGCUCGCAGCAAUCACCACCUCCAGCAACAGUUGCGCCCACUGGCCCGACGCCUGCCCAGUCACAGCCGCCCGCUCAGCCGCAGCCGCAGCCGCAGCAGCACGACGCCCCUCCGCCCGCCUACACGCCGCCUGCGCCUGCCUCGAAAUGGGUCAAGGUCGGCCUGGAAUUCAGCAACAACGAGUGCCAUGCCACAUCCGUGUGCGCCACAUGUGAUGGCGCCGACUGGGCGCUCACCUCCCUGCCCUCGCACCGCGGCCGCCGGUCGGAUCUGCGUGUGAAGAUGGAGCGCAUCGGAUACGCCUUGUGGGUGUGGUACGAGGACGACGUCAGUGGGUGGAAGAAGCUGCGCGAAGUGACGUGGUUUUUCUGGGGCGUCGAAGACAAGGCGGUGCGCGUGGGUGUUUAUGCGUCCCGACCCGCCAACCUUGGUGCAACGCAUUACGAACGCCGGCACGGCGGUCCUCGUGUGACACAACGAAACCUGCUCGUGGAGUUUGAGGGUUUGGAGAUCUUCUAA